UUCCGUAAGCAGGCAGCGACAUCCUCCUGCGGUAGUGCAGUUAUCUCUCCAUCAACAGACGUUCGCGACUCCGUUUCGAAAGAAAAAGUAACAAGUACAGUUGUGGUGGUUAACUCGCCAUGCUUCUUCAAGUUAUCUCGCGUAAGAUUCGUGGAUCAGCAGUAGGGAUGAUAACGUGGGAAUUCACUGAGGCGUCGAUUGUGUUUUGUGUUGUCUGCAGUGUUUACAGCGAAAGUACGCGCACUGGGCUGCACCGCACCCCACAAGCGGGAAAUGUGGCGACGCACCUGGCGAUUGCUGCUGCUGUUGCGGGGCCAACGAGAAAGGCAGGCCACGGCGCGUACGCCACGAAGCCAAACGGAGAAACUGAACGUUUCGUCAGGACAGUGAAGAAACAGAUGGCCAAACUUCGCACCGCACACACCAGGGAUCAAGUAUUGCAACAGUUUCGCGCCCCCUGCCGUUCGCUACCACGAGAUGGACCAUCACCGGCGGAAUUGCUUCACGGCCGCCGCCACCGGACACUGCUCCACGUUCCUCAGCAUCCGGCGCCGAAGGAAGGCAAUUCACGCAUCCCGAGAACACCGCGGCCGCAGCAACCGCCGGAGUGAGAUGAAGGCAGCCAAUAGCACGCUGACCGACCCCUCUCCAGGACGACAACGCGAUAUUCACCGGUCCCUAUGUGAAGAGGACAUAGGCGUCGCGACCGCCUAGUGACGGCCCAGUUCAAUAGCAGCUGCAAGAUUAGAGGCUUCGAUAGCAGCGUCAACUCUAGUAACUUCGCCUGUACUUUGUAGCGUAGACUUAGGAUUGUUUAUACUGGAGAAGAUUCAUUAUUUUGUAUGUCACCCUUUGCUUGCGACACAUUUAUGUAGUUGCCAAAGUUAAGCACUGUAACUUUCUUAUUGUAAUAAAACUCAUUAAUAGGA